UCGCCGACGGCACGCGUUUAGUCUGUGCCGCGAUUACUCCCGUAAACUCGUCUACCGAUCGUCCGCGUGUCCUCUCUCUCUCUCUCUCUCUCUGGGCCAAUAAGCCUAUAAAUAAUAUUAUUUUGUAAUAUUAAAAUAAUUCUGCUUACGAACAUACACACGUCUCGUCUCCGUACUUACAGACGGAUAGAUGGUUUGCGAAUUCGAUUUGUUUCGUCCGUUUGAAAAAUAUAAUAUAUUAUUCGAUCUCCGAGACAUGUAAAACCACCGCUUUUACGACGGAAUACGAUGGUUUAGCGGUUGAAGAGAAGACACACGUUGUCAAAGCUACUUGAAAUAAUUUUGUGAUGUCGUAAUGUAGGUACAUAAUAAUAUGAUGGUAUUCAAAUAAUUUAAUAUCUACAAGUUCACUCUACGCAUAUUGAUCUUAUUUGUAGAUGGCCGUGUUCAAGGCGCAGUGUCGACAAUACAUUUGACAUGAACAACACGACGAGUGGAUCGUACAUGGUCCAGCUCGACGACGCCGCAAACGAGACGGUAGAGGGUUAUUUGCUCCGGACCCGAGGGCCCAAGCACCUCUCGCUGAACAUCGUGUUACCAAUCACCGUCAUCUACGUGUUCAUAUUCGUCACCGGAGUGAUUGGCAAUAUAGCCGUUUGCGUAGUGAUCGUUCGCAACAACUUCAUGCACACGGCCACCAACUACUACCUGUUCAGCCUGGCCGUAUCCGAUCUCACACUCUUACUCCUAGGACUGCCUAAUGAUCUCAGCGUGUAUUGGCAACAGUAUCCAUGGCCUUUGGGUGAAGUUCUCUGUAAAUUUCGAGCUUUAGUUUCAGAAAUGACUUCAUACACGUCGGUUUUGACCAUCGUGGCGUUUUCGAUGGAAAGGUACUUGGCCAUCUGUCAUCCCCUCCAUUCGUACGCCAUGUCCGGGUUGAAGAGAGCCGUCCGAAUCAUCGCAGUCGUUUGGGUGAUAUCUUUUUUUGCCGCACUGCCGUUCGCCAUGUUCACCACCGUCGACUAUGUGGAUUUUCCACCGGGGUCAGGAUAUCCGUUGUACGAGAGCGCGUUUUGCGCGAUGCUGGAUAAGAACGUGCCGACAGGAGUGCCUGUAUACGAGUUGAGCUCGCUGCUCUUCUUUCUCGUCCCGAUGAUGAUCAUCAUUGUGCUGUAUGUGCUCAUCGGGCUCCAGAUCAGACAGAGUUCGAGGCACUCGCUGGGAAAACAAAUGCAGGGCAACGUGCACGGGGAGACCAAACAAAUUCAAUCGAAAAAGUCAAUAGUCAGGAUGCUAGCGGCCGUCGUCAUCGCGUUCUUCCUGUGCUGGGCGCCGUUCCACGCGCAGCGGCUGCUCUACCUGUACGCCAAGGACUCGCCGUACUACACGCAGGCCAACGAGUUGCUGUACACGAUCGCCGGUUGCUUCUAUUACUUUUCGUCGACGGUCAACCCGAUCCUGUACAACCUGAUGUCGAUGAAGUACAGGAGAGCGUUCCGGGAGACGCUGUGCGGAUACUCGGGCGACCGGCGGAACCGGAUGUCCAGGGACUUGCAGUCGAGCUUCCGGGACACGACCAUGCCGCUGAACACGAUCAUCAGCACCGCCGACUGCAGCCGCAAGUCGGUGGUUCACCGGUCCACCAGGAACCUGCAGGCCGAACCGCCGCAUCACCACCACCAUCACCAUUACGCGGCCGCGCCGCCGUCCGACGAUUGCGGGGGCGGCGUCGGUGCAGGUUGUGGCCGUCCGUCCGCGUCCGCGGCCUCCGACGUGAUGGUGAUGAUCACGCCGGUCAACGGGAACGCGCAGUGCUACAAAACGUUGCUCAGCGUGACCGUGCAGGGCCCCGACAACAAGGCAUCCUCCGCCGCCGCGCAACACGGCAACUGCAACAGCAACAAGGUGCAACUGCAGUUGCAGGGCUGCGAAACGCUGCAGCCGACCGAUAACCGGCGUUGCACCGAAGUGGAGACUUGCAUUUAACGCGGACGCACACGCGAAACCAGACGGAAAUCAUAAUAGAAUAUCAUAACAUUGUCGUUGUGCGUGUACAUAACAUAAGUGCGAGCUGCGCUUUUCGUUUUUCGUCGUCGAAAACGCGUGUUGUAUAUAGGUCAGCUGCUCGUUUUCCUCAUAAAAUAGUAUUAUUAUAUAUAGGUAUACACUGCUGCAGUGAUUCGCCGGCCGUGCUCACCCCAAUUAUUUUCCUUUAUCAACGCAUUUAUUGAAUGAUUUUCGAAACUUUUGAGUACUUAUGCCUACUCAUAAGAUCAUAUUUUGAAAUAAUUACAUAAUAUAAUACAUAUUAUUGUAUGUCACUUAUUUAUAAGGAAUAUUAUUCUUGUGACGGUGAUACAAACUUUUGUUUUUCAAAUCACAACCGCCUUUAUCACCAUAAACUGUUGAGCCGGUGAUAUUUUGUUAUAAACUUCUUAGAAUUAGUAUUUUCUGAAUUGUUAAACGUUAUGUACUAAAGCUAAUACACAAUAGUGAUAAUAUAGGUAACAAUAUACGAGGCUGCUUUGACGAUAUAAAAAUCAUAGUAAUUGUAUGUGAAAAGUGGUUCUAUAGUCAGUCAAAAAAAAAUUGUUUUUAGACCCGCCGAUGUAACAAGAUUGUGAGAUUUUUGAUGGUUCGAUUGUAAUGCUGGAGAUAUAAUAAAUAACAUUUCUUAAUAUCUUCUCUAGAAAACCAUCGGAGCAUUUUUUUUUCAAAGUUUAAAAUGUUGACAGUAUUAUAAUAAUAUUAUAUAUACGCGCAUUUCAGUUUUUACAACAUUUUUGCACAAUCUGCAUGUGACUAUUGUAUUGAAGAAAUUCAUAUUUCUGAAGAAUUCCUCUAGAAGAGAUGUUUAUAAAUGUUAGGAUUUGUACAGAAUUAAAAUUGCACCAGCUUUGUAAGUCCUAUAAUGUUGUCACAUCGAAGUAUGUUUCUACUCAAAAAAUAACCGAAUACUUUUUCUUAAUAAUAUGCCUGCGAGUGAAAACGCGUUGAGAUACGCUGCGAUGUAGCGCACACGCACUAAUGUUAAUUUACACUAGCACACAUUGACAUUUGACAUGGCCAGGAUGUUUCUGCACAUAAUUUGCCUAAUUCUUAUUCCUUAGAAAAUGACCGACUGAAACCUCUUAAUAAAAUAUUAGAAUAUUAUUAUAAUUCGUAAGAAUUUUCCAAGUAUUACUAUAGUAUUACUUGUACAUAAGCACUGGACAAAUUAAUAUUACUUAUAUUUAAUAUAAACCCACUGCAGCCUGCUCACUUAUACCUCACUAACUCUUCGAUCUUUUUUUUUGGUAUAGCUGAGAACUCAAAUGUUAAAAAUCUGAAAUGAAAAAUAAUACCAACAUUUAUUAACAUUUUAAAUAAAAUAUAAUGCACACGGGACACCGUAAUAAUGCACCUCAUCAAAUACAAUAAUUUCAAUAAGGUAAUUUAUUUUCAAAUUUGCACUCAAUCCUGAAUCGUCUAGUACUUUUACAUUGUGUGUAUGCAACGUAUAAUUGAUCAUGUGUAAAUAUAGUAAGUAUUUAAAAUUAAUUCUGAUAUUGGUUGCUAUGGAAUUUAUUAUUCGACGAAACUAUUUUUCAAAACUUUUUUGAAUAAUAGAUGGAUUAUUUAGGAUUAUUUGCCUCAGUACAUAAAGUUUAAUAACUAAGAAACUUCUCGUCCAAAUUGCAAUCGUACAUCAAUGUUUUUAAAAAAAACCUGUAUGCCUAACGAUUUACGGGGGAAAAUCUGAUGUUAAUUUGAAACCAAAAAAGUCUUAUCGCCACGGGACACUCUCCGAAUGAUAUAUCACAACAUAUCCCAAUAUCUGAAAAUAUGGUUUUUAAAUAUACUAAAAAAUCCAAAAAAUGUCAUAAUAUUUGAAUUAAUGCGCAAAAUUAAAGAGGGUGAGCACUGAGAAUAUUUGGUGCUUCAUACUGUGUAAUAUAGUCUAUCAUCGCACAACAAUUAUAAUCACAGAAAUUGUUUUAUUAAAUUAUUAAAGACCCACGUGGUUAGUAUAGUUUUGGCGGUGGUCACAAAUUCCCAGUAAUGAGAUAAUAAUACCCUUAGCCUCGGCAGACGGUUCACAUCGUUGUCUUUGUUGUUCAAUAUUAACUCUGGGGAGGAAAUCCCCAGAUUUCAAGUCAAAUAAAUCAAAAUAAUAACGAAAUUAGAUUAGGUAACUGUAAAAAUGUCAUCCCUGGCACGCUUUAACCGUCGACCGUAGUAUACCUACCAACCAGCAAUCUACUAUUGGUACUGAGGCUGGUUUUUAAAAGUCAUGUGUAAGAAGGCCGAGUUAUAGAAAAGCUAUGUUUUAAAAUAUAAACGCGGACUUUUAGAAUAUACUACCUACUCGAAUUCAUUUACAAAAAAUAAAAUAAAAAAUAAACAAUAUAAAAAUCAUAAUAUUAUAGUUCUCGUAUAUUACUAUAAAUAUUAUAUUAUUAUUAUAUUCAUUUGUAAAUAAAAAUAAAUCAUAAAUCACAAUAUUAUAUAUUUAAACAUAUUUAUUUUGAUAUUUCCCGUACUCCCAAUCACAGACAUGGAACAUUACCGUAAGUCCACACUUGCAGUUGGUAAUAAUAAUUUAUAUUCUAAAAUACAGUUUUUUUUUUUUAAAGAUUCUUAUUCUCAUAAAUCGAUUUUUUUAAAACUUGUCAAUCUAAAACUCGGCAUUCUAAAAUAUGAUUUUCUAAAAAAAAUGCAUUCAAUUCAAAUGCGUACAGUAUGCACAUAUGCAGUAUAAUAAUAUAUGUAUAAAAAAAUUAAUACAUUUUAAAAAAAAAUUUUCGCCCCAUCGACAUCACAAUAAUAGUAGGUAAUAUAUAAUAAUAAUGUAUUAUAUACCAAAUAAUAUUAUGUUAGCGGAAAUUAAAUUGUUUUUUUUAUCGGUUCACAAUAGCUAUUCUAUAUUAUCAUUAUUGUAGUAUAGGUACGUCAAGUUGAUAUCGUUUAUUCAUAAUAUUUUAUUUUACCUAUAUGGUAUACACGAUUAUAGCAAUAUUUGUUGAUUUCGAUUGUGCUAUGCACCCACGACCCACCGCUCUUUUCUUCCUUUUUUUCACUCAUGGCACACACUUCGACAACCCGCCAAUGUCUUGUGUAUAAAAUGUACAAUAUAGUAUGAUUUAUUACUAUAUCAUUAUUUAUCGUCAUAUACCGAAGUUAUUUACCUACGUAAUAACAUUAAUUACAUUAUUAACUCGAUAACAUUCCAUCCGUAUAUAAUUAUAAUAUAUUACCUAUUAAAUUGAUUUCGUGGACGAUGUGCUCGAGCGUAUACCUCCAAUACAAUUACCUAGGUAUAUAUAAUAUUGUAUGUUUAGGUAAUUAGUUAAUUUCUGGCAAAACCUAAUUAUUUUCCUAGUAUAUUAUUAUAAUGCAUGCUGAUAAAUUAUUUGAAUUAAUCGAUAAAUUUCUCGCAAAACCUAAUUAUUAUCCUAGUACAAUAUUAUAAUAUAUUAUGUUGAUAAAUUCUAUAAAUGUGAUAAGAAAAAAUAUAUGUACCUACACAUAAAAUUACAACGUUUAGUUUAGAUACAUGAAAAAAAAAAUGUAAAAACUACUCCGUUGAAAAACAAAAACAUUAUGUAGUUAACAUCAUAAUAAUAUGAUUGCAGCCCAAUUUGAAUGUGAUUUUUGAUAUUUUGUUUAAAUUCGUCCACUGAAGAAAUACCUGCGUAUAAAUAUCACUUAACCCAGACGUGCUGGUAGUAUUAUAUUAUGUUUUUCAUCGUACUACAACAACUACAACGGUUCUCAAUCAUUGUUUUCAGUCCUAUACAACCGGAAUUACCUAUACCACCUAAAAACUAUUUCCACUCAUGAGUUAUGACGCCACUCUACAGUAUUCUUAAAUAAUAUCCAAAAAUAUGUCUCACAAGUCCAAAUUUAAAUCAAACCCCCAAAACGACACUGAUGGACAUGAGAUGAACACGGAUGAAUAUGUAAUAAAGUAAUAAUACGUGUCUAUCUUGUUAACAUUUUUUUUGCAUUUGUAUACUACCCGUGCAAAUGUUUUUCAAACGUUUAUAUUCAAAUCUUUUUCAACAUGUUAAUUAUUUCUCUUUGCGAAAUAUAUUGAUUAUAAUGACUACCGAUUUUUAAUAAUUAUUUAGAUUUUCUGUUUAUCUACACACACGGGGUGUAACAAACAAGCUCUGAACAGUUUAAUUGAUAAACUAUGUUGUAGUGGCUUUUGUUUUUAUUGAUAUUUUUAGAUCGUUUUAAUAUUUAUAACUAUUAAUGACGAAAUUGAAAAAAAAAAAUGAUAUUAUGAUUGUAACGAAAGGUAUAUUAAAUUUGUCAGUCUUUCUGCCACACUUUGUACAUACAUAACAUAAUAUACCUAACACUACAUACAUAUUAUAAUAUCCUAUUUAUGACUAAUGUCUAUUAUGAUGAAAUUAUAGUCAAAGUUAAUUUUUCUUUUAACCACUCGAAUUUUUAACCAUAAAUAAUUAUAUCCGAUGUAACAUUAAAAAUAAUUAAACACUCUCAUUUUUCUCCCUCUCCCCCCUCUUGCCCUCCCAUCACCACCAUUAUCUCCUCUCUCUCACUAUCUCUCUCUGACUCUCUCGCUCUCGCUCUUGUAGAAGUGUAUGGAACAAUAAAACCAAUUUCAUAUAAUUAUACAAAUCGUACACAGUCUGCUAGCUAUAAUUAAUUAACUUGUAUUGCCUGGUUAAAAAAGCCAUUAUAAGAAUAUUACGAAAGUUUAUCGGUUAAUAUAGGAAGGCAUGUGUAUAAAAAGAAACGAAACGACGAGAGUACGUUUAAAUUAUUGUACAACAUAAACGUAAAUUUAUUUAUUUAUUGUUGUAAAUGCGUACAGAGUAAUUCAACAAGCAUUUUACAUGUACCAAUAUGCGGGAUCAGAUGAGCUCGCAUUUAUAAAAUAUAAACCAAAAAAGAAAGAAAACUGUGGGUCUGUUGUAAAACGUCACAAACAGGAUGAUUCACCAACCACACUCGCCCAAAGGGUAUCCUUUAAUAAUGCAUUUAUUUAAAUUAUGUUCUUUUUUUAAUUUUGACCAUAUCAUUUUUAAGAACUUGGAUUUGUUAUACCAUUUAAGGAAUGUCCUGUGGUGACGGGUGAUACAGACUUCUUCAUUAAAAUGGGGUCCACCCAUUUUUACUGUAAAAUGUAAAUUGUUAAGUAGAUGAUUUUUUUGUUUUUAAUGUGACAUAUCCAAAUUUAAAUUCGAACAAGUCGUUUCUGAGUUAUUAAUAAUUUGAAUGUACCUACUAAAAAAUGAGAAUAUAUGAAUACUCCUUUCUCCACAAUGCCAUAAUAAUGGUAUACAUAAACAUAAAAUAGAAGUAAUAUUUAUGCAGGGUUGCAUGAACCAUCACUAAACAUAUUUUGUUGCAUCAAUAGUGAGCCAAUGGUCCCUUCAACAUGAUUUAGUGGCCAAUGAUUGGUUCAUUAAUCUUUAUUGAACCAUUAAAUUAAUUAAUUUUUCAUGCAACCCGGCAUGAGUCUAGUACUAUUAGUAUAUUCGAAUAUAUUCGAAAAUAUUUUUAGAAAUUAUAAAAUGUUAAUCAAUUUAUAUUAUACACUAUAUGUAAUUUUCAAAUCAUCAUACCACCCAUAUCUUCAAAACCUAUUAUCGUGGACUUAUUCGUACUUAAAGUUAAAUAACUCAGAAUAUCUUGGUCAAAAUGUUGAUUUAUAUCUAUAUAUAAAUUAUGCAUCAACAUUUUCAAAAAAAAUCAUCUUUUUUUUAACAAUUUACAAUAAAAAAGAUGAAUUACAUUUGAAAAAAUUGUAGUUCGUCAACAAGACACUCUUUAAAUCCAAAUAUUUGAGAAUAUUAGGGUACUUAAAUAUAGCUAGUACCAACUUGAAAAUUCCAAAAAUUAGAAUUUUAAUAAAUAGUACACCCAGGUACUACAUUAUUGCAAUAUUAUUGUUGUCGUUAUUUUAAUAAUAUUGUUGGUUAUAUAAUAUUAUAAUUUAUAGUCACUUAAAUUCGGUUGUAUUAAAAAUAAUUAAUUUUCAAUCUAGCGUACUAUCAUAAUUGUAUACGGUAUACCUAUUCUUAAUUUAAGAAUCUUUUUAUUUUGUUUUAAUAAGAAAUACACAAUCUAUAUGAAUGACUUAUUUUUAGAACAAGUGUAAGAGCGAAUAAUAUAUUGGUUGGUUCUUAUAAAAUAGAAAUUCGUCCUAUGCAUAUUAUGACUUAUCGGACGUUUUUUGCAGACUCGAACGCAUAAUAAACAUUCCAUAUACCUACUUUCCUACGUCCCGUUUCUAAUAAAAUGUUAAGCCAACGCGCACACCAUAUUAUGUAGGUACUUAAGACUGAAUAUAUCUAUGGUUUACUAUUUACACGAUCGCAUAAUAUAUACAGGGUGAUUUUUUAAGCAUGCUAUCCCAAAUUUUUCCCUUUAAUAGUGAAUUUAUUCAAAUUCUGAUUUUUAGAAUUUUUAAGUAUACCUAAAGUGCUGAAUCCCAUUUUUUAAAAUUGCCAAUAUUUUUUGUACUACUCAAGGAGCGUCCUGUGGUGGUACAAAUUCUAUUUUUCAAACGAGAAUCCCCUUUUUUUACUGCAAAUUAUAUAGUGAAUGAUUUUCUUAAAAAUGUUGAUAUAUUAUAAUCAAAAUCCUAAUAUAGUUUCGGAGUUAUUAAAAUGUUUAUGCUAAGGAUAAUAAUCCUUAAAAAUAAUUUUAUAAACAUAUUAAUUACCUAUAUGUAAUAUUAGAUCUACUUAGAUUAGAUCAUAUUUUUUACAAACUAUUUAUAUUGAUAAAUCAAUAUAGCAAUUAUUAAGUUUUUCAAAUCUUCUAAGCCUCCCAUAUAUUUGACCCAUUAGCAAAGACAAGUUAUCCGAAGUACACAAAGUUAUAUAACUCAAAAACCACUCACUCGAAUUAUGAUUUAGAUAGGUACAUGAAAAUUCUCAAAAAAAAAAAAAUGUCUGGUGACUAAUUAAAAGUAAAAAAUGGUGCGGUUCCUAUUUGAAAAACAGAAGUUUGUAUUGCCACGUCAUCAUCUUUAAGUGAUACAAAAAAUCUCAAGCAAUUCGAAAAUAUGAUCUUCAAGUGUGUUUAAAAAUGAAGAAAUUUGAAUAUUUGUAUAAUUUAAGCAUAAAAAUAGGAUGAGCAUGCUUAAAAAAUCAUGCUCUUUAUAACAUAUUAUUGUGUGUGUGUGUGUGUAUACGAAAAACCAAUAUAAUAACUCCGCCGAUAAAAUCUGUAAAAUAAAUUGUAAUUGACUGUUUAAUAAUAUUAUUAUAUAAUAAUUGUCUCCUUUCCGUAAAACUUAAUACUUCCGCGUUAAAAUGCUUUAUAAUAUACACGUCCGACAUGAAAACGAUAAACAUAAUGUUUAGAUGCUAAACGUAGUUAUAAAUCAAGUCUAAUGUCCAUCGUUCAGAAUAUUGUUAUAUCGAUCAAAUAUUACCAAUAAUGAUAGAUAUUGCAUACCUAACAUGAACCUAUUUACGCAUACUAGUGGAACGCUAUGUACAAUAACCUACGCGUUAAAUUGAGAGUGCGUUUAAAUUUAAAAAUGUAAUGUCAAUAAUAAGGCAAUAACCGUAAAAUAAUUACCUAUAUAAUAUGACUUCUAAGUUCUGAAGAACUGUUUUUUUUUUUUUUUGGUCUGCUGUUUAAAUCUCCAUUCAAGUACGUACCAAUAUAGGCACGACCCACGUUAAGUCCGAACAGUAUUAAUUGUUACCGGGAUUAUUACCUAAUUAUUAUUAAUAUAUUGUGCAAAAAAUGUUUUACACUUUAUAGAAUCAUAUAAUAUAGGUGAAUAGACGAUUUAUUAAAUUUGAUGUAUAAAUAAUAUUGUAAACUCUUUUUGUAUAAUAAUUUGUAAUUUAUAUUUAUAUAUAUAUAUAUAUAUAUAUAUAAUACCUACUAUGGUAAACAUUUGUUAAAUAUUAAUUCAACAAUUAUCAUAAUUAUUUGAUAUUACUUAUGUCGACUGGGAAAAAGUUAUUUUUGAAUCGCUAUGGAUGUAAAAAAGUAAUUUGUUUUUAAUUUAAAAUUUCAAUACGAUCGAUACCACAAUUGAAUACACAAUGUAUGAUAAGAAAAUGUGUCAUAGUGAUAUAAACAUGAUAUAAAUGUUCAAAAUCGUCCAUAAACACGCGCAUUACCACGGCGGUGUGCGUUAUACCUACUGUUUUCUGAUUAAGAACAAAUGUUUUAAAUUCCAAUACAAGUCAUAAUGUUGUAUAUCACAUUGAUCGAUAUACAGAGUGAUUGAUAAACAUGAUCACCUCCGUUUUUCCCUUUAACAGUAUAUUCAUUCAAAUUCUGAUUUUGGAAUUUUUAAGAGUACACCUAUACCUACUUAAGGACCACAUUUUUAAAUUGCUGAUAUUUUUUCCUGUGGCGAUACAAACUUCUAUUUUUUAAACGAGAACCCCCCCCCCCCCCCCCCAUUUUUUUUACUGCAAAUUAUUUAGCGGUUGAUUCUUUUUAAGAAUUCUAGUAUAUCUAAAUCGAAAUUCUCAAAAAAAUAUCUGAUGAAUAAUUAAAAGUGAAAAACUAUUUGAAAAACAGAAGUUUAUACUGUCACAGAAUUAUCCUGUGUGACCAUUUUUAGAGGUACGAAAAAUAUCAACUAUCCAAAAUUAUGGUGUACAACUAUACUUAAAAAUUUCAAAAAUCAGAAUUAGAAUAUAAUAUCUAUAAUUUAAGCAUGGAAACAAGGUUAGCGUGCGUAAAAAUCACCCUGUAUGAGAGUGUAUUUCACACUGUAGAAAUAACUCAAAAGACGUAAGCUCCGAGAAUAGUAUUAAAAAUCUAAAAAAUGAAUUAAUCUUAAGACUAUAUACAAUACUGCAUUAUUAAUUUUAUGAACAGCUAACCGUUUAAAAACGAAUGUUAUUCCGAGCACACAAUUCGUAAUAAUUAUAGCCGGGUUUUCAAUCGACUUUAUUUGUCGAAUAACGUGAUAGGUAGGUACCUAUAUUAUAAUUCAACAGCGAUGAGAAAAAUUGGAAAAUUAUAAUCAGUUAUUCAAUGUCAGAAUAUACUUCGGAAAAUCUUCAUAUUAUAUUAUAAUAUUGUAUAAGCAUUUAUCAAUCAAUGGUGAAACAAUUUUUUUCUCCCAUUACCUAUUUGUUAUUACUUAUUACAAUUUAUUUUAAUGUACAGACUAUCUACUAUAGUGUUAUAUAAGUAUAUAACUUCCCUAUAUGGCUAUAUCAAUAAAUAGGUAAUAGUAAUAACUUCCUACAAUAUCCAGUCUUGUAAAAUAUACUUUUGAAAAGUAUUUAAAAUACCUAUAUUAAUACUCAGUUAAAAACGUAUUGGCUUAUAUAUUUUUAGAUACUUUCAAAUAUUUCCAAUACUACUUGUUAUAAAUAUUAUUUGUUUUGCCUUAUAAAUCAUUUUUUUAAACAAAUCAUUUUGUUUAACUAUUAAUAUUCUUCUGUUUUUUUCGUCAAAGAAUUUAAAUAUUUUAAGUAUUUUCUAUUUUAAUUUUAGGUUAUUAAUAUUAAAAUCAAAUUAGAAAGUAUAUAAAUUAAAUAUAAACUAAAUUAAUAAGCAUUUGUUUUUAAAUACAUACAAGGUGAUUUAUUAAGCGUAAAACACUCAUUAUAUCAAAAAGUAUUAAUGUUUUUGAAAAUAUUUUUUUACAUAGUUUCAAGUUGUUAAAAAAACAACAUUUUUAUUAAAAAAUUAUAUUUUUAAACAUUUUUUAUCCUUAUAAUUUUUUAAGUUUUUUACUUUUUUGAAUGACAGCAUAGAGUUUUAAUUUCAUUUUCCAAAGCAGAAUAUUUUUUUAAGUAUUUUAAUACAUAAAUAUCGAAUUUAGGACGAGUAGCUUAUGAGUUUUAAGUAUUUAAGGUUUAGACAAGCGGAGUAGUGGACACACAUUUGCGGGGUAACGCCAUACCACUCCACUCCGCCCAUCUAAACUUUAAAUGCUUAUACCUCAUAGACUACUCGCCCUAAAUUAAAUUUUUAUGAAUCAAAAUACUUAGAAAAAUAUUCUGCUUUGGAAUAUGAAUUUAAAUCUCUAUGCUGUCAUUCAAAAAAAUUAAAAAUUAAAAAUUAUAUAGAUAAAAAAUAAUUUAAAAAUAUAAUUUUUUAAUAAAAACAUAGUUUUUUUAACAACUUGAAACUAUGUAAAAAAAAUAUUUUCAAAAACAUUAAUACUUUUUGAGAUAAUGAGUGUUUUACGCUUUAUGAAUCACCCUGUAUACUUAAAUAAAGUAUUUGAAAUACUUUUUUUUUAAAUAUGUAUUUGAGUACUUAAAAAGUAUUUAAAUACUCAAAUAAGAUAUAAAUUACAUAAAUCCACGUAAUUUACAAGACUGCCUAUGUUAUGGUAUAUAGACGUACAGCCCAGAGGCGUGCUCACGGCGUAGGGGGGAAAUUUGGGUGUCAUAUCCUCCCCUGUUUGGCUUAUUUUUGCCAAAUAAAAUAUUAUAUGAUAAAACAAUAAAAGUAUGUUUACCCGAGCUAUAUAACGUAAUCAAAAAUGCAUAGUAAAAAAAGCCCCCCCCCCUUCAAAAAAGCUGAGCACGCCACUGGUACAGCGCCCGCAAUUACUAAACCUUGGCAUUUAUAUUUAUGUAUAUUUAUCUAUUUAAAUAAUACAAUUUUAGUUACAUACUAUAGUAGCACUGCAUAUUGUGUAAUAAUAAUAUAAUAAAUAUUAUUAUAACGUGUAACGUGAAAUCGAGAGUUUUAAGUUUGCGUGCUGUAAAUUAAUAAUAUGAUAAUAGUAUAUUUUAGAUUUUAUUGUGUAAAAAUGUACAUUUUUGUAAAGAUUUAUUGAAAGGUGUACUAUAAUAAUAUAAAUUAUAUUAUGUGUGUUGUGUACACGUGACCCGUGUUCACACCGGUUGUUCUACACAAUAAUAUAAGUGGCUGUAAAAAUAAAAAUGUCAAAACAAAUAAAAUAAUAAUAUAAUAAAAGGUCAUGUAUGAAAUUGUUUGUUUAAUAAUUAACAUAACUAUAAUCAUUUACAUUAUGUGAACUCUUAACUAUUAUCAUUAAUAUGUGUCCACAUAUGGAAUCAUAAUAUGCAUAGUGAACAAACUAUAUACCUACCUAUAUAUUUAAUUGUUAUAUAAUAGGUAAUGUAAUUACGAUAAUAUGACGUGUGAUGUAUUAAUAUGAUAAUUAUUUUAUUAAAUAAAAUUACGAUAGUAAUAUUAUGAAAUGUCGUGUAAUAUAAUAUAUAUAUUCAUUAUUCAAAUUCUGAUUUUACCUGAAGACCAUAAUUUCCUGAUAAUUUUGUGCUUCUCGAGGAAUGUAGCGAUACAAAUGAAAAUACCCCUUUUUUACGGGUGAUUCUCUUGAAAAUGUUG